ACACGUUAACACGAGACUUAACACAUUUAUUAUAGAUACUGUAAUACUUAUUGAUAAAAUUUCUAGUCAUUAAAGGACGGCAAUCAGAUUAUUUAUUUAAGGGUGCAAUUCUAUGCUCAUUCAGGAGCAAUCUCCACUGAACACUGAACUGAGCGAUUUACUUCAGGGCAAGAGCUGUUUCCUCUAUGGCCACGGAACCCGUAAAUUGCUGGGAAUAAAUCCCAUUGAACUCAGUGGAUUUACUUCAGAGGAGGCACAGUUCGGUUAGCACUGUAAGCAAUAUAAGCACUGCUAUACACAAUCCCCGCCCCCCCUCCCACUUCAGCUGCUCUGUCAUUUCUUUAAUGUGGCAAUUCCGUGGGAUUAGCUUCUGAGCAGACAUAUCUUCUAAUUCCCAAACUCUGCUUCCAACUCCACGCCCAGCUUUCUCUCCUCCUCCAGGCUUCCCAAGCCAGCAAAAAAGCUUUUCUGCACUGCAAGGGCAUUUCCCCAUUCCCUCACUUUGCCUUUAAAGCAAGGAGAAAACACACACGUUCAAAAUGAUUCAAAGCAGAGAAUAAAUAAAAAAGAACAAAGGCGAAAUAGAGAAACCAGCAGAGGCAAGAACACCGCCAGUCUGCAGAGCAAGAGUUGGGGAGAGACACAAAGCAGAGGGAAUGGCUGGGAUCGCGGUUUCCAUCUCUUGGCUGGGGAGCCAACUCUCCUGCUGCCACAACAACCUCCCAGCUCUGGCCUUGUCUCUCCUACUACUUGCUCUGCUGCUUGAUUACAUCAAGCGGAGGAAGAGAAGCAGCCGCUGGCCACCAGGACCCACCCCUCUGCCUUUCAUUGGGAACUUGCUACUGCUAGAUGUAAAUAACCCACAUAAAACUGUUCAAGAUCUGGAAAAAAAGUUUGGACCAGUCAUCUCUCUGCAGUUUGGAUGGCGCGAUAUGGUCAUCCUGAGUGGGUUCAAGACGAUAAAGGAGGCCCUGGGACAAAACCCUGAGAACUUUGUUGACCGACCAGAAGUUCCACUGUUCAGUCUACUAAACCGUGGAAAGAAUUGUGGAGGAAUAGGAUUUGCAACAUGCGACAAUGGCUGGAGGGAGCAGAGGCGAUUCAUUGUCUCCACCCUCAAGAAUUUUGGGAUGGGGAAGAAAACGCUUGAAAAAAGAGUGUCUGAAGAAGCUGGAUAUUUGUGUUCUGAGUUCAAAUCCAAAGAAGGUUCUCCUUUUGAUCCACAAAUCCUCAUCUACAGGGCUGUUAGUAAUAUCUUCUGCACUCUAGCAUUUGGUGACCGCUUUGAAUACAGUGACAAUACAUUCCUGAAGCUAAUGCAUGUGACUGAGGAAUUCAUGAAGGAAGCAAUCAGAAAUUUGCCCCAGCUUAUUGCUGCAGGAUCCUGGUUGUCCUAUUUUCCUGGACCUCAUCGUAAACUGCAGAAACGCUAUGGAGAUAUUAGUAUAAUUCUAAAAGAGAUUGUGAGUGAACAUAAGAAAACCAGAGAUCCUACCUUCCCAAGAGAUUUGAUUGAUGCAUUUCUGGAGGAGAUAGAUAAGGCUAAAGGGAAACCAGAUAGCAGUUUUAAUGAGCAAAACCUUAUUAAUAUCCUUGUUGACCUGUUUAUGGCUGGCUCUGAAACAAGUUCUUCCACCGUACUCUGGGGACUGUUGAACAUGGUCAAUCACCCUGAGGUUCAGAAAAGGGUCCAAGAAGAAAUUGAUGAAGAGAUUGGCAGGGUACGAUCACCUGUGAUGGAAGACCAGUUGAAGCUGCCUUAUACUUGUGCUGUGAUACAUGAAAUUCAACGAUGUGCUGAUGUUUUACCUUUUGCAAUGCCAUAUAUGGUCCACAGAGAUACUGAGGUUGGCAAGUUUGUCAUUCCUAAGGAGACUGCUGUCUUUAAUCAUCUGUCCUCUGUGCUAAAGGAUGAGACAAUGUGGGAGAAGCCACAUGAAUUCUACCCAGAGCACUUCCUGGAUGCAGAUGGGCAGUUUGUCAAGCGAGAGGCCUUCCUACCUUUCUCUCUAGAAUGGCACCUACCUGAGAGGUGCCGGAACUGAGUUCCAGUGAGUUCCAGCUGAAGAAAAAGCUCUGGUUGCAAUACUACAGUUCUCAUCACCACUAACCAUGCUGGCUGGGGAAGGUGGAAGUUCACAGGUUCCCCAUCCUCGAAAUAACCAAAUAACAGAAUGCAUCCCAAUGUCCCAGAAGUCUAUGAUUUUGAAACGAAUUUUUACAGAUUUGAACAACUCCCUCUCUCCCUUUGAAGUGGCAGGGGAAGACAGCAAAUUCAUCACCAUGGAGAUGUCUGAAGGGAGUCUUCAAAGUCAUUGUGAUUUACUAAUUGUAUUUAUUUAUUUUUAAAUAUAAUUAUUGC